AUGAAUCUGGAGGGAGUGGGGGACGAGGUAAGAUUCCGUGCCUUCCCAGUAACCUUAGCGGGGCCAGCGAUCAGGUGGUUUAACGGCCUCCCGCAAGGAUCCAUCUACAGUUUCUCGGACAUCAGCCGUGCAUUCCUGGCCCAAUUUACAACACGGAUAGCGAAGGCAAAGCACCCCAUCAACCUUCUAGGGGUAACCCAGAGACAAGGAGAAGCGACCAGGAGGUACCUAGAUCGGUUCAACGAUGAAUGCUUGGAAAUCGAUGGCCUAACCGACUCGGUGGCCAGUCUUUGCCUGACAAACGGCCUCCUCAAUGAGAACUUCCGAAAACAUCUUACCACGAAACCGGUUUGGACAAUGCAUGAGAUCCAGACGGUAGCCAAAGAGUACAUAAACGACGAGGAAGUCAGCCGAGUCGUGGCCGCCAACAAACGGCAGCCCAACUACAAUAAAACCCGACAACAGGGCAAUGGGGAAAGGCCAAAGGGACAAACCAGGGAAGAGGCGCUAAGUAAGGCGCCAAGGACAUUCCCCCGAGUCGGGAAAUUCACCAACUACACUCCACUCACUCUCCCCAUCGUGGAAGUAUACCAACAAAUAGUCGAGAAAGGAAUCCUGCCGAAGCCCCGACCACUCAAGGACCGCACUGGAGGGAACAAAAACCUUUAUUGUGACUACCACAAGGGUUAUGGCCACCUAACGCAGGAUUGUUUUGACCUGAAAGAUGCACUGGAACAAGCAAUAAGGGAAGAAAAACUAGCGGCUUUCUCCCACCUAAUCAGAGAGCCAAGGAGGCGCUACCGCGACCAAGACGAAGAAGGCAAAACCCGUUCGGCAAAGCGGCGACAAGAGCCAGAAGGCGGAGAACACGGCCUCACCGUGAUAAACGUAGUAACGGCCAAAAACGCCGCACCAAGAUCCAGAUCCGCACACAAGAAGGACACAAAGAUAUUGUCGAUCUCCUCCUCGUCGACGCGAAACUCUAAGAAGCCUCCAUUCAUUUCUUUCAGCCCAGAAGAACAAUGGUUCGACGACGUCCCGGAAAACCCACCCAUGGUCAUAACGGCCCGAGUGGGGACCGGUCUCGUCAAGCGCAUCCUUGUCGACACGGGAGCGGACUCGAACAUCAUGUUCCGCAACGUGUUCGAUGCGCUGGGAUUAAAGGAUGCCGAUCUAAUGACUCACCAACACGGGUUCAUUGGAUUGGGCGACCACUUCAUCAAACCAGACGGAAUAAUAUCCCUGCCAAUCUCAGUAGGACAAUCCCAGGACAGGAGAUCGGCGAUGGCCGAGUUCGUGAUCCUCCGAGACUCCACCGCCUAUAAUAUCAUUCUGGGAAGAAAAACGAUCAAUGAUUUCGAGGCCAUAAUCAACACAAAACUGCUAAUCAUGAAAUUCGUUACCGACGACGGAUCCAUAGGGUCCAUAAGAGGAGACCUUGAGACGGCGGUCGCUUGUGACAAUGCCAGCCUCUCCCUUAGAAAGAAGUCCAAGGAGGCGUCCGGUGUGUUCCUAGCCGACCUAGAUACCAGAGUAGACGACAAGCCUAGACCGGAACCAGAAGGGGAUCUGGAGAAGUUCAGAAUCGGUGACGAAGAGGAAAGAUUCACGUUCGUUAACAAGAACCUCCCACACGAGUUGAAGGAGCCUUUGGUCGAAAUGAUAAGAGCCAACAAGGACUUGUUUGCCUGGACUCCGGCCGACAUGCCGGGCAUAGACCCAAAAAUCAUCUUGCAUCAUCUAGCCGUCAAGGCGAAAGCACGCCCAGUGGCCCAACGGAGGAGAAAGAUGUCGGCGGAAAGAGCAGAGGAGGUGGCCAGGCAGACGGCCAGCCUCCUAGAAGCAGGCUUCAUACGGGAAGUAGACUACUCUACAUGGCUCUCGAAUGUAGUGUUGGUGAAAAAGCACAACGGCAAGUGGAGAAUGUGUGUAGACUAUUCUAACCUUAACAAAGCAUGUCCCAAAGAUUGCUUCCCUCUCCCUAACAUAGAUGCACUCGUCGAUGCUGCGGCGGGAUACCGGUAUCUAAGUUUCAUGGACGCCUACUCCGGUUACAACCAGAUACCGAUGCACCGUCCAGACGAAGACAAGACGGCGUUCAUAACGCCAGGAGGAACUUUCUGCUAUAAGGUGAUGCCAUUCGGCCUAAAAAAUGCGGGAGCAACAUACCAGAGGCUGAUGAAUAGGAUAUUCCACGACCUCAUAGGGAAGACAGUUGAAGUCUACGUGGAUGACAUCCUCGCCAAAACAACACGACCUGACGACCUUUUGAACGACCUGGCGAGUGUAUUCGCGUCCCUCAGGCAACACGGUAUGAGGCUGAAUCCCCUCAAGUGUGCUUUCGCUGUGGAAGCUGGAAAGUUCCUCGGAUUCGUGAUAACCCAAAGAGGGGUAGAAGCCAACCCGGAGAAGUGCCAGGCGAUACUCCAAAUGAAGAGCCCAGGUAGUAUCAAGGACGUCCAAAGGUUGGCAAGUCGGCUGGCCUCAUUAUCACAUUUUCUCGGAGCGUCAGCAACAAAGGCCCUACCUUUCUUCAAUCUCAUGAAGAGAGGAAUGGCGUUCGAAUGGACACCCGCAUGCGAGGAAGCCUUCCGGCAUUUUAAAGAGAUCCUGGCGGCACCACCUAUCCUCGGGAAGCCAAAAGAAGGGGAGCCGUUAUACCUGUACAUCGCCAUAACAGGAGAAGCCUUGGCAUCAGUUUUGGUACGAGAAGAAGGACGGACACAACAACCAGUCUAUUUUGUCAGCAGGGCCUUACAAGGGGCAGAGCUAAGAUAUAACAAAUUGGAAAAGUUAGCUCUGGCACUCCUGACCUCUUCGAGGAGAUUGAAGCAAUACUUCCAAAGUCACCAGAUCGUCGUAAGAACGGAUCAGGGGAUCCGGCAAGUGCUCCAAAAACCCGACUUGGCGGGGAGAAUGAUGACCUGGUCGAUUGAACUCUCUCAAUACGACAUACGAUACGAACCCCGGCAAGCCAUCAAAGCGCAGGCGAUGGCGGAUUUUCUAGUGGAAGUAACAGGGGAUCUGGUCGAAGACACGAACACACGGUGGAAGCUCUAUGUAGAUGGAGCCUCCAACCAGACGUUCGGGGGUGCCGGGAUUAUCCUGGAAAGCCCGGCUGGAGUCGUAUACGAACAGUCAAUCAAGUUUGAUUUUCCCGUUUCAAACAACCAACCAGAGUACGAAACCCUUAUAGGAGGCUUAACCUUAGCAGCGGAGGUCGGGGCAACAAGGUUGGAGAUAUGCAGCGAUUCGCAAAUCGUCACCUCCCAAGUAAAUGGAAGUUAUCAAGCUAGGGACUCACUGCUACAGAAAUACUUGGAAAAAGUCAAGGACUUGAGCCGAAAGUUUGAAGAAGUCACGAUCCAGCACGUCCCGAGAGAGAGGAACACACGGGCAGAUCUCUUGUCAAAGUUGGCUAGCACCAAACUGGGAGAGGGUAACCGGUCUCUAAUCCAAGGAAAGUUGAAGGAGCCGACAGUCACAUUACACCUCUCGAACCUAAGCCCCUCCUGGUUGGAUCCCAUUAUCGACUUCUUAGAAAACAGCAAGCUCCCCGACAACGAAAAAGAUGCCAAAAAGUUAAGAAGGGAAGCCGCCAGAUAUGCCAUCAUCCAGGGUCAGCUUUUCAGGAAGGGAUUCAAUCAUCCCCUACUGAAGUGUUUACACCCCGACCAGACGGAUUACGUCCUCAGGGAAGUCCAUGAAGGAUGCUGUGGCCACCAUAUAGGAGGCAAAGCCCUAGCGAGGAAGCUAAUCCGAGCCGGAUAUUACUGGCCAUCGAUGAUGGCUGACUCCAAGGAAUUCGUUAAGAAGUGUGUCAAGUGCCAAGAAAACGCCAACUUUCAUCGUGCACCGGCCUCUGAGCUCAGCUUGCUAACGGCCUCUCGACCAUUCUCGCAGUGGGGAGUCGAUCUCUUAGGACCUUUUCCCGUUGGCCCGGGACAAGUAAAGUACCUCAUAGUCGCUAUCGACUACUACACAAAAUGGAUAGAGGCCGAACCGCUGGCCAGCAUAUCCUCGUCCAAUUGCAGGAAAUUCAUGUGGAGACAAGUCAUAACACGAUUCGGUAUCCCAGAAGUCGUCAUCUCGGACAACGGGACACAAUUCACCGACAAAAAGUUCACAGAAUUCCUCACCGGCCUGGGCAUAAAGCAGAGAUUCUCCUCGGUAGAGCACCCACAGACAAACGGGCAGGUUGAGUCCGCAAAUAAGAUCAUCCUGCAAGGGCUCAAGAAGAGGCUGGAUGGCAAGAAAGGCGCUUGGUCCGAUGAGCUAGCCUCGGUCCUUUGGUCCUACCGAACAACCGAGCAAUCCUCCAUUAAAGAGACACCUUUCCGACUAACCUAUGGGUCAGACGCAGUGAUUUCUGUAGAGAUCGGAGAGUCGAGUCCACGAUUACUCCUGGAGGGAGUAGAGGAAGCCGUCGAGAAAGACCUGAUAGAAGAAACCAGGGAAAUGGCCCAUCUGGCAGAAGCAGCGCUAAAACAAAGAAUGGCCUUACGCUACAAUGCCAAAGCACUCAAAAGAAAGUUCGAAGAAAACGACCUCGUCCUGAGGCGUAACGACAUCGGCCCGUCUACCCCGGGAGAAGGCAAACUAGGACGACAAAUAAAACAAGAAGUUAAACUUACGGGCAAACAAGCCCACAAACCCACUAACGGGCGCCAAAGUCAUAGUAACAAGUUCAAAAACUUCAAACAAUACAAACAUCACUUUUUCGGCAUAUCGACAACUUUGCCAUCCUUAAUGGUCUUGAAAACUCCGAUCGCCGACACAUCGAACUCCGGGGAAACGAUCUUCACCUGA